GAGCGGAGCUCUGAGGAGACACUUUUUUUUUUUUCCUCCCUCCUUCCCUCCUCUCCUCCUCCCUUCCCUUCCCCUCUCCUCCCCUCUCUCCUCCUUCCCCCCUCGGUCCGCCGGAGCCUGCUGGGGCGAGCGGUUGAGAUCGCAGGCGGUCACUCUCCGGGGCCGCCCGGCGGGUAGCUGGCGGGGGGAGGAGGCAGGAACCGCGAUGGCGCCUCAGAAGCACGGCGGUGGGGGAGGGGGCGGCUCGGGGCCCAGCGCGGGGUCCGGGGGCGGCAGCUUCGGGGGUUCGGCGGCGGCGGCGGCGGCCACGGCUUCGGGCGGCAAAUCGGGCGGCGGGGGCUGUGGAGGCGGCGGCAGUUACUCGGCCUCCUCCUCCUCGUCGUCGGCGGCGGCGGCGGCUGCGGCGGGGGCGGCGGUGUUACCGGUGAAGAAGCCGAAAAUGGAGCACGUCCAGGCUGACCACGAGCUUUUCCUCCAGGCCUUUGAGAAACCAACACAGAUCUAUAGAUUUCUCCGAACUCGGAAUCUCAUAGCGCCAAUAUUUUUGCACAGAACUCUUACUUACAUGUCUCAUCGAAACUCCAGAACAAACAUCAAAAGGAAAACAUUUAAAGUUGAUGAUAUGUUAUCAAAAGUAGAGAAAAUGAAAGGAGAGCAAGAAUCUCAUAGCUUAUCAGCUCAUUUGCAGCUAACAUUUACUGGUUUCUUCCACAAAAAUGAUAAACCGUCACAAAACUCAGAAAAUGAACAAAAUUCUGUUACUCUGGAAGUUCUGCUUGUGAAAGUUUGCCACAAAAAAAGAAAGGAUGUGAGUUGUCCUAUAAGGCAAGUUCCCACAGGUAAAAAGCAGGUGCCUUUGAAUCCUGACCUCAAUCAAACAAAACCUGGAAAUUUCCCAUCCCUUGCAGUUUCCAGUAAUGAAUUUGAACCUAGUAACAGCCAUAUGGUGAAGUCUUACUCAUUGCUGUUUAGAGUGACUCGUCCAGGAAGAAGAGAGUUUAAUGGAAUGAUAAAUGGAGAGACCAAUGAAAAUAUUGAUGUUAAUGAAGAACCUCCAGCCAGAAGAAAACGAAAUCGUGAAGAUGGGGAAAAGACGUUUGUUGCUCAAAUGACAGUAUUUGAUAAAAACAGGCGCUUACAGCUUUUAGAUGGGGAAUAUGAAGUAGCCAUGCAGGAAAUGGAAGAAUGUCCAAUAAGCAAGAAAAGAGCAACAUGGGAGACUAUUCUUGAUGGGAAGAGGCUGCCUCCAUUUGAAACAUUUUCUCAGGGACCUACGUUGCAGUUUACUCUUCGGUGGACAGGAGAGACCAAUGAUAAGUCUACAGCGCCUGUAGCCAAGCCUCUUGCUACUAGAAAUUCAGAGAGUCUGCAUCAAGAAAAUAAGCCUGGUUCAGUUAAAACUGCUCAAGCCAUUGCUGUUAAAGAGUCACUGCCUACAGAUCUACAAACAAGAAAAGAAAAAGAUACUUCAAAUGAAAACAGACAAAAGUUAAGAAUAUUUUAUCAGUUUCUUUACAACAAUAACACAAGACAGCAGACUGAAGCAAGAGAUGACCUCCAUUGCCCUUGGUGCACCCUGAACUGCCGCAAACUGUACAGCUUAUUGAAGCAUCUUAAACUCUGCCAUAGCAGGUUUAUCUUCAACUAUGUUUAUCAUCCAAAAGGUGCUAGGAUAGAUGUUUCUAUCAAUGAGUGUUAUGAUGGCUCCUACGCAGGAAAUCCUCAGGAUAUUCAUCGCCAACCUGGAUUUGCUUUUAGCCGAAAUGGACCAGUAAAGAGAACGCCUAUUACACACAUUCUUGUGUGCAGGCCAAAGCGAACAAAAGCAAGCAUGUCUGAAUUUCUUGAAUCUGAAGACGGAGAAGUGGAACAGCAGCGCACCUACAGUAGUGGCCACAAUCGCCUGUAUUUCCAUAGUGACACCUGCUUACCUCUCCGUCCACAAGAAAUGGAGGUAGACAGUGAAGAUGAAAAGGAUCCUGAAUGGCUAAGAGAAAAAACCAUUACACAAAUUGAAGAGUUCUCUGAUGUUAAUGAAGGAGAAAAAGAAGUGAUGAAGCUAUGGAACCUCCAUGUCAUGAAGCAUGGGUUUAUUGCUGACAAUCAAAUGAAUCAUGCCUGUAUGCUGUUUGUAGAAAAUUAUGGACAGAAGAUAAUUAAGAAGAAUUUAUGUCGAAACUUUAUGCUUCAUCUAGUCAGCAUGCAUGACUUUAAUCUUAUUAGCAUAAUGUCAAUAGAUAAAGCUGUUACCAAGCUCCGUGAAAUGCAGCAAAAACUAGAAAAAGGAGAAACUGCAUCCCCUACAAAUGAAGAAAUAACUGAAGAACAAAAUGGAACAGCAAACGGAUUUAGUGACGUUAACUCAAAAGAGAAAGCUUUGGAAACAGAUGGUGUCUCAGGGGUUUCAAAACAGAGCAAAAAGCAAAAACUCUGAAAAUAAAACCUAACCCCAUGUCAUGGACAAACACUGAAGUUGCAUUCAAGGGAAUUCAGCCUCGAUGAAGAGUUGUGGUUUUCUUUUGUUUAAAAACAAAAAGCAAAAUGUCACAGGCUCCCGACAGGCAGUGUUAGAUGAAGUGAAUGAUUUCCACGAGGAGAGUGGUACCAGGUCCUGCUGCUCGCCACACACCGUUACAUGUUUAUCAGUUUUAUUGAUGUCAAAAACAUUUUCUAGUUUGAGCAUGCAAAGCAAUACUUAAGAGAAAGUAUUUUUAAGUGCAGCAGUUGUCUUAUGAAAUGUAUAAACUCUAGAAAUGAUUUCAUAUUUAAUGCUUUUUGCAUUUGUGACUGCUGUUUUUCUACUUUGUAUUGCAGGAUAUUUUCUUGGUGAGGGAAAAUUGGAGCAGUUCCCUCUUUUUUUUUUUUUAAGAAAUUGAACACUGCGAAAUUCUGUUACAUUACCACAUUUACAGUCAAACUUUGUUCCUUGAUUUUGAAAUCAUAAAUUUGAAUUCAGAUUUCAUAUACAAUUCAUUUUACAAUUUUAAAGUAGCACUUCUUCAUCUAAUGCCUGUCUGAGAGUUAAUUGUUCACAUUGUUGACAGUGAAAUGUCACAUUGAUUUAUAAGGUUACUGACCGUUUGUUUUCAGUGGUUAAUUGUAGUGCAUUGCUCAACCCAGUAUAUUUUAAAACUUGAACAUUUCACUGUUUGUUUUUUUUGUUUGUUUGUUUUUGUUUUUUUUCUUUCCGGUUAUGUAACCACAUGGAAAAUUCAGCUGUUCGCAUCUUUUCAUUAAGACUGUAAACCGUGGGAAGAAUCAGUCUGAAGUUUUUCAGAUGCCUCUUUUUUCAGGAGUGGGGAGAUGAACCAGAAACUGUUCUUUUUUUUUUUUUUCCCUCUUGACAAGGAUGUCUUUGUAAUGUAUUUCAUGGUUAAAAUAUCCAAUGCAGAUAAGCUGACUUGAAUUAUUUUUGAGCAGUUUUGCCCUGUGUUGUGUGUUCUACACACAUUUGCAGUUGGAUUUUUUCCAACAGAAAGCAGUUUCACUACUGGCACAUUAAUAAGCACCGAUAGGUCUUUAUUCCAACUCCAAGCACUGUGGUUAAGUAACAUCACCUCAAUUUUUUAUUAUCCUUAAAGAUAUUGCAUUUUCAUAUUCUUUAUUUAUAAAGGAUCAAUGCUGCUGUAAAUACAGGUAUUUUUGAUUUUUUAGUUUCAUUCCACCACCAUCAGAUGCAGUUCCCUAUUUUGUUUAAUGAAGGGAUAUAUAAGCUUUCUAAUGGUGUCUUCAGAAAUUUAUAAAGUGUAAAUACUGGUUUGAUUGGUCUUUAAGAUGUGUUUAACUGUGAGACUAUUUAACAGAUAGUGUGGAUGUGAACUGUCAUCCAGUAUUCAGUUCUUAGUCAUUGAUUUCUGUGUUAAAAUAGGAAAGAGGGAGACUGCAGCUUUCAGUACAGAUUCCUUGAUUGGUAAACUCUCCCAGUGAUGAGUUCCAGGCCAGGAAACGCAUUUUUGCCUUUGGAUAGUGGAUCUCGAGCAUUUCUCUCGAGCUUUAAUUUGCUAAAGCUGUGCACAUAUGUAAAAAAAAAAAAAAAUAGAUUAUUUUAGGGGAGAUGUAGGUGUAGAAUUAUUGCUUAUGUCAUUUCUUAAGCAGUUAUGCUCUUAACGCUUAAAAGAAGGCUAGCAUUGUUUGCACAAAAAGUUGGUGAUUCCCCUCCCCAAAUAGUAAUAAAAUUACUUCUGUUGAGUAAACUUUUUAUGUCAUCUUAUAAUAAAAGCUGAAAAAAUCCCUUUGUUUCUAUUUAUAAAAAAAAAAGCUUUUCUAUAUGUACCCUUGAUAACAGAUUUUGAAGAAAUCAUGUAAAAUGAUAAAGCUUUUGAAUGGUACAGUAGAUGUAAAAAAAAUUCAGUUUAAAAGAACGUUUGUUUUUACAUUAAAUGUUUAUUUGAAAUCAAAUGAUUUUGUACAUAAAGUUCAGUAAUAUAAAAGUUAUAUACUGUUUUUGGCAUUUUUUC